AUCUUAAUAUAUCAUUUAGUCUUUUAUUUCUUAAUAUUGAAAUCCACUAAAUAUAAACCAUCUGUACAAUAAUUAAUCAUGAAUGAAUACAAACCAAAUGCAGAUUAAAUUAGCCUGAAAAAAAGUCUCCCACAAGUGAUUUCCACAUGCACUUGAGGAAAAUAAUUUUUAAAAAUAUAAGUAUAUUAAUUAUUUCUGCUAGAGUGAACAAUCACAGUAAUGACAGAGGACACUUAGUCCUGAGCAUUACAAUGGGAUUAAAGAACAUGUAUCUUUUCUUUUUCUGAAAGAAUAGGAACUACCAAAAGAAAAGCGAUGAUUAGUUUAUAAAACAUAUUUUGCACAUAUAGAAAAUCUUCUGUCUGAUGAUGUGGUGAUACUUUACAAACAAUAAUGAAUUAAACCUUACAAGCUUUCAGGGGAGAACUGGUAAUAAAUAUAUCACAACUAAAAAUGUGUACCCGGGACAACCUGUCAUGCUUAAAAUUGGAAUCAAGUGCCUCAGAUUUCAACAAAGGCACCAAAAAACAGUGGUUUCACCUCUGUGCAUGAGCUGGCGAACACCAUUUCAGAGGUGCUCCAUCGUUGCAUUUCCCGUGACUGCGCUGUACCCCGCACACCACCCUGCCCCAUGCUUGCUGCUGUGGGCAGUUACAGGCAGAUCUUGUGCUGAAAUGCAAACCAUUUGACCAGAGUUGUCAUGUCGUCUUUGGCUUUAAAUUGAAAAAAGUAGUGCUCACAGCAGUGAUCAAGAGCUUGAUCUAGUUAGAAGCUGGUUUGAUACGUCCAUAGAGGUGUGAUCCCAGGUUUCAUGUAGGCAUGUUUACAGUCACCUCAAAACCCCAAAUCACCCCGUCCAGACCAUUUGCACCUUACUGUGAGGAGUCAUCCUUUCUAGCCCAUGUUCAGAUAAACCAGUGCCACCAGACUUCUGAUGUUAAGUAGCUGUAAAGAUUUUGACAUUUGGUUGCAAACCAGACCAACUGAACAAUUGCUUAAUUAAACAACAAUUAAAGAGUUGUUUGCCAGCAUUUUAAGAAUCCCAGCCUUCUCUUUUCGGCUGCAGGAACUUUUUCUGCCAUGAACUUAACCUGUCACAAUUUUCUUUCACUGCACAUAUUUGCUGAUGCCAGAAGCUCUGGCAGAAAGAGUUCACAAAUCAAGCCUUUGGCAGGUUGCAGGCUGGGUCUUAUUCUCACCUAUACCUCGGUGCCUCGGGGGAUGUGCUGUCUUCUCCAGCUGAAGCACACAGGUAUGCCUUUGCUUGCUUCCCUCAGUCGGUUGUGCUCAUUUCCAGCUGAAACACUUGGCUGUCUGAAACCCAGGUAAGACCUCUUCAGUAUUUAAUUUUCCUGCUAAGUGUGGAACUAAAGUAUGUUGGGGAUUUUCCGGUCCUUUUUGCUCUGUUAAAAGGAGUCAUGUUUAAAGAGUAUCGGUAUUGAACAUCACGGUGUAAGGCAGGGUGGGGACUGGGUCAUGUACCUACCAAGAUUACUCUUACGUGGAUACCUAUAUUUCACUACAGUGCUGUUUCAGUUGUUACAGCUUAAGUUAUCUCUGAGUCUGUCCCUUACUCUGAUAGAGUAUAAAAUUUGAAGUCCAACACAGCAGGGACAUGUUUGCUCGGUUUUGCCUUGGAGAUGGGCUCCACUGCCUGCUCGCUCUGUAGCUGGGAAGCCAGGAGCAGCUGCACGGGUGCUCGCUGGCAUCAUCUCCCCAUCACACACCAGGCUCUCUGCGGUCGUGGUGGGUGAGAAGAGCUGAAGCAGCAUGAAAGGUUGGUGACCCUUAAUAGCUUUCCCUACCUGUGGUUGCUGAAAUAGCUAUCUAGAUACGGCUGUUGUGUCAUGUGCUGUGUAGGGCAGCGUGAACCAAGCCUACGAGGAGCCUGUAACCUCUGAAAUACUUUGAAUGCCUUUGCUUAUGUUCCCCCUACUCUGGGGAGGGUAUUUCAUCUUAGCUCAUUCAGCACAGCAACAGCUGUAGGAAGGUAAGUAACAAGAACGGAGCUGGGAAGUGGCACCUUGGGCACACUCAUGCGGGGAUGCCCCAGCAGCUGGACCUGCAUUGGGGCGUGCUGGACCUGCUGGUGCCUACAGAUGGAGAAAAAGGUGGAAGACACAGAGGUGGAGGGCAGGCUGAGGUUUGGGAGAUCUACUUGGUGGCAGGAUGCCAGGCUGUCAUUUAUACCCAUGGCUGCCUUCUGUUUUUCCAACAGAGGUUUUGUGUUGGCAAGUUUUACUUUCCUCCAGCGGUACCAGUUUGAGUUUCACAAGGAGGCAUGAGGCUGGGGCUGGCCAUCCUGUUACACCUCAUGCUGAUAAGACUCCAGCAUGCACAGGAUGACUGUGAUACUGGGUCCUGCCACCCGGCCAUUGGGGACCUCCUCCUGGGUCGCAGCAAGCAAUUAACAGCCUCAUCAACCUGUGGAAUGAACAGCCCUCAGAAGUACUGCAUUAUAGGCUACCUGGAGGCUGAACAGAAGUGCUUUCUCUGUGAUUCCAGAUACCCAUAUAAUCCCUAUACGCAGCACAACAGUCACAUGAUUGAAAAUGUUAUCACAACUUUUGAGCCUGAUAGGAAAAAGAAGUGGUGGCAGUCAGAAAAUGGCGUUGACCAUGUCAGCAUUAGAUUGGACCUAGAAACUUUAUUCCAGUUCAGCCAUCUUAUCCUGACUUUUAAGACAUUUCGGCCUGCAGCAAUGCUGGUUGAGCGCUCCACCGACUUUGGUCAGACCUGGAAAGCAUUUAGAUAUUUUGCACAGGACUGUGCCGCUUCUUUUCCCAACAUCUCUUCUGGUCCAGCAAAAAGUGUGAGAGACAUCAUUUGUGAUUCAAGAUAUUCAGACAUCGAGCCCUCCACAGAAGGCGAGGUUGUUUUAAAAGCUUUGGAUCCCAGUUUUGACAUAGAAAAUCCAUAUGUGCCAUAUAUCCAAGAGCUCAUUACAUUGACCAACUUAAGGAUCAAUUUUACUAAACUCCACACGCUUGGGGAUGCUCUGCUUGGAAAAAGACAUAGUGAUCCCCUCGAGAAGUACUACUAUGCUGUCUAUGAGAUGGUUGUGCGGGGCAGCUGCUUUUGCAAUGGCCACGCCAGCCGGUGUGAUCCCAUGCAGCAUCUGCGGGGAGAUGUCUUCCAUCAGUCUGGGAUGGUCCAUGGGAGAUGUAUCUGCCACCAUAACACUGAAGGUUUGUCUUGUGAAAGAUGUAAAGACUUCUACAAUGAUGUUCCCUGGAGACCAGCUGAAGGGACUCAAGAUAAUGCUUGCAAACGAUGUAACUGCAACGGCCACUCUGACAGAUGCCAUUUUGACAUGGCCAUGUACCAGGCCAGUGGCAGGGUCAGCGGUGGUGUUUGUGAGGACUGUCAGGACAACACCAUGGGGCAACACUGUGACCAGUGCAAACAUUUCUUUUACCAGGAUCCACUCAAAGUCAUCUCUGACCCUCAGGCAUGCCUCCCCUGCAGCUGUGACCCAGAAGGUACAUUGCACAACGGCAGGUGCGAAAGCCACACAGAUCCUGCUCUGGGAACGGUCGCGGGCCGGUGCCCUUGCAAGGAGAACGUGGAGGGUGUCCGCUGUGACAAGUGCAGGGCAAACUACUAUGGGCUGAGCAGCAGUCACCCUCUGGGCUGCCGGCCCUGCAACUGCGAUCCCUCCGGCAGUUUGCCCUUCUCCAUCUGUGAUCCCGCCACGGGACAGUGCCUCUGCCAGCAGUUCGCCACGGGGCAACGCUGUGAAAAAUGCGUUGUAGGAUACUGGGGUCUUGGCAACAGCUUGUAUGGCUGUUCUCCAUGUGACUGUGAUAUUGGUGGAUCCCAGAAUAACUUGUGCUCACCAAAGGAUGGUCAGUGCAAGUGUCUCCCCAACAUCGUGAGCCGUCAGUGUAAUGAGCCAGCCCCAGGAUACUUCUUUUUACCUCUGGAUUAUUAUAUUUAUGAAGCUGAGCAUGCAAAGCCGCUUUCAGGCUCUGCACCCUUGGUUAAACCAAGCACUCUUCCAAGGUGUGACAUCUACUUCCAGAAGCAAGGUUAUGAGUUCACGAUUGAAAAUGGAAAGAUUGUGUUAAACAGGAGCAGGAAACGAAGUAUAAGAAAAUCUGGACUGGAGCAGGGUGUGAUGCAGUUUGGGCAGGACUCUGCUGUGGCGGUGGUUUUCAGGCAGCCCAGCGCCGGUCGGGCUGUCACAUGGACAGGACCCGGCUUCGCCCGCGUGCCCAGCGGAGCCGGGCUGAGGUUUGCCAUCAACAACGUUCCCUUUGCUAUGGACUUUGAUAUCACGAUUCGUUAUGAGCCUGAGUCCUUGGAAGACUGGCUAGCAAGUGUUGCCAUCCAGCCUGCUGGCAUUUUGUCAAGUCAACACUGCAAAAACAAGGGUCUUUCACAGGAGCCACAUGCAUUGCCUCUCCCAGCUACAAAGAGGAUUGCAAUUCUGCAAACUCCAGUCUGCCUGGAGCCGGGAACAGACUAUUCUGUGGAGGUGUAUUUUUCUCAGCCCUCUGCUUCUGACCCAAAGGCAAAAUCAUUCAUCUUGAUCGACUCACUUGGACUUAUUCCCAGAAUCGUCUCCAUGGAGAACUUUUGCAGUGAAAAGGAUUUAGACGAGUACCAGAAGUAUCACUGUAUUGAAAUUGCAUCAGAAGUUGGACCUCACGUCCUGCCUGAAGCGUGCGCACGGCUCAUAGUGAGCAUGUCAGCCCGUAUUCACAACGGUGCCGUCGCGUGCAAGUGCAAUCCCCAAGGGUCGCUGAAUGCCAGCUGCAGUAAACUGGGGGGCCAGUGUCAGUGCAAAGCCAACGUCGUGGGACGCUGCUGUGACACCUGCUCUGCGGGCAGCUACGGCUUCGGCUUCCACGGCUGCUACGCAUGUGAAUGUCACCCGCAAGGCUCGCUGAGCACGCUGUGCGACCAGGUGACGGGGCAAUGCUCCUGCCGCCGGGAGGUGGAUGGUCAGCGCUGCAGCCGAUGUCUGGCUGGGUAUUUUGGAUUUCCCCACUGCCGUCCUUGCCCGUGUAACGGCUACACAGAGCUUUGUGAUCCGGUGACCGGAGCGUGCCUGAACUGCCGCGGGUUUACAGCUGGAAGCCACUGUGAAAGGUGUGUGGAUGGCUAUUAUGGAAACCCUCUGAAGGGAGAACCCUGCCGCCCAUGCAUGUGCCCAGGGGCACCGACAAGCAAUAGCUUUUUUGCACAUUCCUGUUACCAGGACUCCCGGUCUGCACAACUAGUCUGCAAUUGCCUCAAGGGAUAUUCAGGCAACCAGUGUGAUGAGUGUCCUAGUGGGUUCUACAAAAACCCAGGCAGCCUCAGGCUUGACUGUGUGCCAUGUCUCUGCAAUAACAACACUGAUGUGACAGACUCAGAGUCCUGUAACAGGGUCACUGGGGAAUGCACUAAGUGUUUACACAACACCCAUGGAGCAAACUGCCAGAUCUGCAAACCAGGGUAUUUUGGCUCAGCCCUCGAUCAAAACUGUCGAAGGUGCACGUGCAAUCCGGCCGGUGUUCUCCCUGACGUGUGCCCAGGGGGGGAUGCAGCCUGUCUGUGUGACCCCACCACAGGAGCUUGCCCUUGCCUGCCGAACGUGGUGGGCACAACCUGCGACCAGUGUGCCUCUGGCUACUGGGACCUGGCUAGUGGAAAAGGAUGUCAGAUCUGUGACUGUGAUCCAAAAAACUCCCAAAGUAACCAGUGCAACCAGUUUACAGGCCAGUGUCCAUGUAAGCUAGGUUACAGCGGAAGAUGUUGUGAUGAAUGCGAGGAAAAUUACUUUGGCAAUCCCCAGACGCAUUGCAUUUCAUGCGAGUGCAACCCGGAGGGAACCGGCCAGCCCAAGUGUGACAGAGCCACCGGCGCAUGUAACUGCCGCGCUGGUGUCACCGGCCGGUUCUGCAACCAGUGCAGCCGUGGCUUUGAGAAAGACUUUCCCUCUUGCCGUCAGUGUCAUCUUUGUUUUGAUCAGUGGGACACUGAAAUUACUGCCCUCGCUCAAGCUGUUCAGGGUUUAAUGAGGUUUGCUGCAAAUCUCGAAGAUAAAGGAGGACGAAUGCCCAGCUGUGACAUGCGCUUCAAAGCCUAUGAAGAUGCCAUUUCUGAAAUUGAAAGAAUUUUGAGACAUCCUGUUCUUUCACUGAAGGCCCUCUCAGGCAUCAAGGAUUUUCAGGACUACGUUCAAAGUAAAGUUGUGCAAAUGGAUCCCCUUCACAGUAUGCUGUACGAGUUUCCUGACCUUAACAAGAACAUAGAAGACAUUGGGGAAGAAGCUGACCUAGUGUAUGAACUUCUACAACAGAAAAUAUAUCUGCAUCAAAGUUUUCAUUACUUGAAUCUCAAAGAGGUCAUCAGCAACAUUAAGAAACACUUUGAAGUAUCAUUGCUGGCAGAAGAGAAAACCAGUGGGACAACCCCUAUUGUAAAAUACUCAGAGUACACCAGGAACUACGCGCUCACAAUGUUGGGUGAUCAGGCCUUGAAAGCAAGCAAUGUGCUGGAACAGCUCAAGAUGAUCAAGAUCCCCAACAUCCAAAACCUGAGUGAAAAGAUCUGUGGUGUGCCAGGAGACCAGUCCUGUGUCACAGCAGCCUGCAUGGGACCUUUGUGCCGGGACAGUCACAGACACAGGCAGUGUGGUGGCCCAAACUGCAGCGGAGCUCUUCCUGUCUCCACCGAUGCCUUCAGGAAAGCUGAGGAGGCUGCUGUAUUGCUAAAUAACUUGACUACUCAGCUACGGGAACCUGAGAAUCAGGUUGAAAGCAUUAGAAAAAUGGCAGAAGAUGGCAAGUUGGGAGGCUCACAAUUUAAUGGGCAACUGGAGAGGGCUAAGAAUCAAAUUGAAGUUGACGGAGAGAUCACUAAGGAGUUCAUCCGAAAAGUGAAAGACUUCUUAUUAGAUGAGAGCGCGCCUCCAGAAGACAUUGAGAAGGUGGCAAAUUAUGUUCUGCAAAUAAACCUUCCCCUGACUCCACACGAGCUCACGGGCAUGCUUAGCAAAAUCAGGAGCAUUAUGAACCACUGUGAGAAGUACAAAGUGAAUGAAGAUGAGAGGAACAGAAAAAGGGAGGAAGCUCAGAUGCUGCUGGAGGAGGCACAAGGAGCUGACAAAGCAGCCAAAGCUCUUCCACCUGUGGAUGAAAUUAAUAAUAAACUAAAGAAUGUUGCGAAGUCCCAAGGACACUCCAAAAACACUUUCAUAAAGUUAAAUGAAGAGAUACAAGGCAUCAGAACACAAAUCUCACAGGCUGAGAACCAAGUGAACAAGACAAAUGAUGAACUAAAUGACUUGUCAGCAAAGCAGUCUGAGAUGCAAGAUGAAAUUGCCACAUUGCAGGCAAAAAUGCUGAUGAACAAGAAUCAAGCUAUAAAGGCAAGAGCAGGGGCAGAAGCAGCACACAAGCGAGCCCAGAAUAUUGAUAACGAAUUUUCUGACAUUAAAAGGAAGUACACCAUUCUUCAAGAAAAGCUAAAAGCCCGAGGACCUCCAAAAGUAACACUAGAAAAAGUGAAACAGCUGAAAGAAGAAGCAGAAAAACUGGCUGAAGAGACUGAAAAAAAAAUUAAAAGAAUAACAGAUUUGGAGAAGAAGCUUCAGGACCUGAAUCAAACCAAGCAAGACAAGGCAGAGCAACUGAGACAACUGGAGGAACAAGUGAUAGCCAUUAAAAAUGAAAUCAUGGAGCAGGAAAGCAAGUAUGGAACAUGCAAAAGUUAGAGUCUAAACAGACCAUCAGGUAAAAUGUAACUGAGGUCUCUGUGCUUACCACCCCCUGAGCUUCCUGGCACAGAGGGCUGUCCUCUGUAAAUACAUCUGAAGGUGCCGACAGUAUUUUGGCACAGUGAAUAAUGUCAUUUUCUUUUUUUUUGUCCAGUUCAGUUUAUAUGGAAAUAGGAAAUACCUUUUAAUAAACCAGCUGAUUAAGUAAUCAGGAUGUA